AUGGCAGGGCGGCGGCCAGAGAGUGAGCUCUCGCUGCUGAUCCAGCAAAGACGUGCAGAGCUACAGACAAUCGCUGAGAAAGUGAGCGAGAUUGAGAGCGAUGCAGACGAGCAUCGUCUCGUCAUUACGACGCUGGCAGACGUGUAUAAGAAGGAACCGGAAAGGACCUGUUUCCGGCUGAUUGGUGGCGUGCUAGUCGAACGCACCGUCAAAGACGUGCUGGAGACCCUUCAGACAACUAUGGAAGGGCUCGCAAAUGUUAUUGUUGAGCUUGUCAAGCAGUACAAGAUCAAGGAAAAAGAACUGACAGAAUUGCAGGAAGAACUGCAGACGUCGUCGAGGACCUAG